UGUGUAGUGAGCCACUGUCACAUGUUCGCAAUAUUGUGGGGCGGAAAAGAGGCAAAAGUCUUUCGUGGAGGGCAAUGGUAAGGGCAGGGGUACUCCACGCAGCUAUCCGAUGUUUUCUGGUAGAUUGUCACUCAUGCAAUGUCCUGUAUACCUUCCUCUACGCCGGACGCAUGCUCUCCAUCUGCUCAUCCUCGCUGCCUUGCGCCUCAAUCUUUUCACCGAUCGCCGGCUGGGCAGAUUGUGGCUCCUGUUGUUCAUUAGCACGCAAUCGGUUCAUGAUGUAUCACUUAAGACACCCACUCGAAGUGCUUCUUAAACCUAAGUGGAAAAAUGUCUCCCCAUGGUGAUGUGAUGGUAAUGAUAUAGGAGGGAUAUGGAUCAUCAACCAAUGGUUCCGGAUACUGAUGGAGUUCAUUCAUAC